CUAGCCAAUUACGCAGUGCUAAUUACCUCGUACCAAAGUUUUGCUUGCACCAAUGUGUCCGUGAAGGCGAGCGGCAUCGACCGAUACCAGCUGACCCCAGAGGUGCGUUUUUCUUUGCCACAUUUGGUGACUGCAUCUACUGCCGCCGUGCGGAGGAUUGCUAGGCUUAGGCGUGUUCCCCGGACACUCGGCCCAACAACACCGUCGCACCGACAGCGGCCUGCCGUACAUCCCGGCGGCUGCCGCUCGUCAGCUCCGAGAUGGAGGCGCCCUCUGAAACAACAAUGAUCGUGGACAAUCACAUGUGCGUUCAAGUUCAGGGAACAGAGAUCUCACCCGAGGAAUACCACAGCGACGCCGGAUGGACGCUCGCGGGGGAACGCAUGUCGAGGCUGCGCCAGCGGACCCCCGCCAGCGGCAAGGCCGACGGACCCGCCAGGAGUCAAACAAGCACGAGGUCAAAAUUCUACAAGAACGCCAGAGCCUCGGCCAUCAAGGCAGCACGCAUGCCAGCCAUGCCACUAGAAGAAACCAAGAUAGUUGUCAGACCCAGAGGGGGACUGGACAUCGUCAAGACCGGCACCACCACCGUCGCUGCGGCCAUACUCACUGCGGCCAAGAUCACGAGCGAGGAAAGCGCCGCGGACACCAUCUGCCCCAACACACAACAGAACAUCAUGGUCGUAAGUACACCGAACGAAGACAACGCGGCAAGGUACGCUAAAAUCCAGGAGAUAUCCAUUCAAGGCAAACCCUACGAGGUCAGCGCAUAUCGCACGGCACCUCACGACACCGUGAAGGGCGUCAUCAGAGGCAUCCUCAUCGACGCGAGCGCCGAAGAGCUAGAUAGAAAGAUCGUCAACGAGAGGAACCCGCUAGCAGUGGCCUCAAAAAGGAUUGGAAGCACGACCACUGCGAUUGUGGUGUUCCAGGGGCCCAAGGUACCGAACUUUGUCCGAUACGGAGUCACCCUGAUACCGUGCCGCCUCUACAAGAAACAGAUCGACGUCUGCCAGCAGUGCGGCCGAGUGGGACACCGCAAGGACGUUUGCCCGACCCCCACAAUCAAGACGUGCCUGGCCUGCGGACUCGCGAACCCCACAGAAGACCAUCGCUGUACCCCAAAAUGUCAGUUAUGCGGAGGCGAACACCCGACCGGAGACCGAACGUGCAAGGCGAAAUACAAGGUCCCCUACGUAGUGCGCAAGCGACAAUGGGAGCGCCGACAGGCCGAACGCCAGCUGCUGUCGGAGAGCGAUUUCCCGCCACUCGACAAGCCGCCAGCUGCGCGAAAGUCGAGGACCCCAUCGGAUAACCGCGCGCCCAAAUCCAGAGACAGCAGUUGUUGCAAGAGAAGCCUCAGCAGGAAAACGUCACCAUCACGUGAGCGAGUGAGCUGGGUCGACGCAGCGAAAGGAAACAACAUAAGGAACGCGCAGAAAAUCACCGAAACCACGAAGAAAGAAGAUAUGAAUAAGGUCCGGGAGGCAAAUGAGCUCCUAAGACAAGAAAACGCGGCGUUGCGAGCGACCAUCAACAACCUCACGAAAGAGAUCGCCGAGAUUCGUCAGUUGCUGCGAGGCAACGACGAGCCUCUACAGAGACCCACGCCAAGCAUAAGCAAGGCCGAGGAAACGACAACGAAUAUCCCGGAGAAAGCCAUAGAGGAACCGGCACCGAAGAAGCGAGCCAUCGAGGCCACGCGCACGCAAACAGAAAACGAUCGCAUCGACAGCCUCGAAACGAAAUUCGAAGCGACAUUCAGCAAACUCGAACAGCUAAUCACGACAAACAUCGCAGCAGUGACAGCACUGAAACAAACAAUGGAGACCUACCAAGCCGAUAACACGAACAGAUUCGCCUACAUCGAAAGGACCCUACAGCCGAUGGUAGGCCACCCGACGUUUGCGCCCCUCUUCGCGCAUCAUCCACCCAACCAGGGAGCCCCGUACACGCCAACGCAAUCAUGGCCGCCAACGCAACACCAGCAGCAGCAGGUGUAACCGCGUGGCAGUGGAACUGUCGCGGCUUCGGAAGGAAGAAGGCAGUCAUCCAACAGCACAUCGUACAUGCCGCGCGCAAGCCAGACGUUAUACUACUACAAGAAACACUAACCGACGCACCGUCCCUCCCCGGCUACAGAGUGCACAAGGGACCACCCGACGGCAGAGGCCUGUGCACCCUGGUCAGGAAGGGACUCACGUUCGUCGAACAUGAGUUGCAAAGCAAUAACAAGAUCGAGCACACACUCACCGAAAUCAUCCCGGGCAAGAAGAGGAAAGGAAGCAUAUUUCUGCUCAACAUCUACAGCAACCCAUCUCAGAGAAAACAGAGAUUCAAGACAUUACUGCACAGAGCCAGCACCGCAGCGGGCCGCAACACGCUGAUCGCGUGCGGAGACUUCAACGCGAUGAACCCUGCCUGGGGCUACAACAAGUACACAGCAAAGGGCCGCGACCUGUACCAAG